CUUUGUCAUUGAUACAUGUUCCUUUUUUUCCCUAUAGGAAGAAAAUUUUAUUUUUUUGAUACCAGACCAAGCAGGACGUCAAUUGUUAAAAAGGUGGCACCAGUUGGGUGUCUGACACAGGAGCGAAACUUCCUUCAGCUUAAAGAUGAUGAUAGAUCUGAAGGUGGCUGAAUAUUUGGACCCUCAGAUCAAGGCUCUGUGGGAGACCAAGGGACAUGUGAGAGGGAACUCCAGUCCAAGGAAAAAAUCUGUACAAAUAGACAGUCUCAGUCCCAAGAGUCCUUGCUGGCACUUCCGGAACUUCCACUAUCAUGAAGCAGCUGGACCCCGGGAGGCUGUCAGCCAACUUCAAGAACUAUGCCAUCUUUGGCUGAGGCCAGAGAUCCACUCAAAAGAGCAGAUAUUAGAACUGCUGGUGUUAGAGCAGUUUUUGAUUAUUCUUCCCAGGGAAACACAGACCUGGAUACAGAAGCACCAUCCACAGAGCAUUGAGGAUGCUGUGGCUCUGGUAGAACAUUUGGAAUCUGGCCAAACAAGGAAUGGGGUUGCAGUCCAUGAGCUGGGAGAGGAGACAGUCCUCUUGGCAGAAACAGCAGAGGCCCCAGGCUUCAAGCCGAAGCCAGCAGCAUCCCAACCAGUGGGCAUUUCCCAGGAUGAAGAAUUUUGGAAUACAUACCGGGGUCUGCAAGAACAGCUGAACGGGAAUACACAUAAAGAAACUGUGCCUGUAUAUGAGAGGGCUAUGCCUUCUCAACAGAUUCUAGCCUUUCCUGAGCAGCCAAACGCCAAAGACUGGACAGUGGUACCUGAGCUUCUCUUGCCUGAGUCCCAGAGCUUGUUGACAUUUGAAGAAGUGGCCAUGUAUUUUUCCCAGGAAGAAUGGGAGUUACUGGAUCCCACUCAGAAGGCCCUCUACAAUGAUGUAAUGCAGGAAAACUAUGAGACUAUCAUCUCUCUAGCAUUAUUUGUACUUCCCAAACCAAAAGUGAUCUCCUGUCUAGAGCAAGGGGAAGACCCAUGGGUUCAAGUAUCUCUGGAGUUUAAGGACAGUGCUGGAGAGUCUUCUACAGUAGGGUUGAUGCUCCAAAAUGACACUGAAAAUCAUCAGCCUAUGUCUCUUUCUGACUUGGUAACACCAGCACCAGGAGACAUAGUAUCAAAAAAGGCCAAAAUGAAAGUUCCCCCGAAAACAACAGGCAAAGAAAAUCAUGGUGAUAUGCAGAGAGUGGGGAAAAGGCACCGAGAUUUCCCAGUGAAGAAAAGAAAGAAACUUUCAACUUGGAAACAAGAGCUGCUGAAACUUAUGGAUCUUCACAAGAAAGGCUGUACAGGAGAGAAGCCUUUUAAAUGUCAGGAAUGUGGGAAAACCUUCAGAGUUAGCUCUGAUCUUAUUAAGCACCAAAGAAUUCACACUGAAGAGAAACCCUUUAAAUGUCAACAAUGUGACAAGAGGUUUAGAUGGAGUUCAGAUCUUAAUAAGCACUUAACAACACACCAAGGAAUAAAACCGUAUAAAUGCUCAUGGUGUGGGAAAAGCUUUAGUCAAAAUACAAAUCUACACACACACCAAAGAACUCAUACGGGAGAGAAGCCCUUUACAUGUCACGAAUGUGGGAAAAAAUUUAGUCAGAACUCCCACCUUAUUAAACACCGAAGAACUCACACAGGGGAACAGCCUUACACCUGUAACAUAUGCAGAAGAAACUUCAGCAGGCGGUCAAGCCUUCUUAGACACCAGAAACUUCACUUGUGAAGGGAAGUUUGUUCAGUGUCCUCAUUCUGAAGAAAUUUACCAAAUGUAGCUGAAUACUAAAGUUUAUGAAAAAAUAAAAAAUUAGGAAGCCUGA